GGACAUGAGAUCGUGUGCACGGCUGUAACGGAAAUCGCGCUCGUCCAGAGUUGAUUGCGUCGCAAGUUACUCUUGUUGUUAUCAACAAACUGCUACGGGUGAUAAGAACCGCGCGCACACGUGGUUAGCUAGAAAAACAGCAACACAGCAACAUAAGUUCAAAGAACGAAAUGGUUCAUUAGUUACACGUUUACGUUUUUUCAUAGUGCUUCGAUAACAUCUCUGGUGCCGGUCAAAUUUGCGGUGAUUUGUUUGCAUGUGCGUGUUUCUGUUGAUCGGAUCGUGGGAGUGAUGGUAAUGCUCGACAGUUUCUGGUUUCAAUCCAAACAAAGUUUAUUUUAGCGUGUUGUUUAUUACACAUUUUACGAUUGAGUUCGCAAAGUGUCGGCACAAAAUUUAAACCAGCUUUUUUUCUCAGUAACACUUCACCAGUUCCAUCUGAAUAGAUAAAUAACUACCAAUUCGGGCUGGAUAUUUGUGUGUUCGCGUUAUAGUUAUCCUUGUGGUGUCGAUUUCGUGCUUAAAUCCGCACUGCGAAAACGCCCCGCAUAGCAUGGAAGAAUAAACUAGCGGUCAUGGGCACCAGUUUUCACUCCAAUUCGACGAUCCAAGAGGGUGAUUUAUUUGCGUGCAAUCGUGUUUUAAGUGCUAUCAAAGCAAACGGACAAAUAUUGAAACAGUGAUAGAAAACGCAAAUGGUUAGUGACGCAGGAUACGAGCCGAUAUUUGCAUACACAUUGGCCGAUUAUAAGUUCGCUCGCUGCCGUAUUCGAAGCAACAGGGAAAACCCAUCCGCACGCGUUUGAGGAUGGUGCAGAAACGAGAUCACCAUUAAAACUCUGCACCAUCAGAAACAGCAGCAGCACCAACACGGUCGUGCUCGAAAAGCGAAUCGUUUGCAAAACAAGUGAAAUUAAUGGCAAUUAAACAUCGAACUGGAGAUGAAGUGAGAAUUUGGUCGAUGGUGACGCGAAUCGGAAGUGUGGCUGGAAGUGUAGUAGUUUGGGGAACAGAAAAAUAGUCAUUUUUGGUUUUAAUCUGAAACAUAUCAAUCAACAACGCCACCGGAGGGAAAGAGAUAUGAGUAGCAAAUUUGGCAGAAUAAAUGUAAAAAUAUUAAUGAGAUUGAUUGAUGGGAAAACUAACCUGCGAUGAAGUAUAAUUGAUGCUUAAUUCAUUUGAAUUUUAAUAAUAUCGAAAAAGUGAAGGUUUGAUUUCGUCUAUGAAACGAUUACAUUUAAGUUUUUUGACAUUCGAAUACAUUGAAGCCCAAAAUCUAAAUGAGAUUGGGUCUAUGAACACUGCUGUGGAGUUGGCCUGGGGACAAGGAAGGAAUUUGCUCCGGUCAUGCACCGAAUUGAGUAAGCAGUUGAUCAAUGAGACGAAACGAAGCACGGUUGAAAGAAAACACCGGACCGUUCUGAGAGCGGGAACCUCUUCAGAAGGACGGUUGCAGACUGGUUUCGGUAAACGAUUGAAUUAUGCUCGGACAUGCGUCCCGGUAAUGAUGCUUCGUGAGUCCAAUCAAGAGCUCUAGCAGCCAACUCCGAUAACGAUGAUGGCAGGCUGAGUGUCAUUGUUUUCCGUGACAACCAGCAAUCGUUCCGAGCAUUAUGGGACAGGCUUUCUUCCGUUCGUUAACUAAUUGACCUGCGUUAGUCGCUCAGCGAAACAAAAAACCUUUAAUCCUGCGGGUACCGGCAACUGUUUUGCAGAAGAACACAUAAAGGGGCCCCUUUGAAGCGAGUUUCAAUUUUGAAAUUUAUCGUCUCUCUGGCGAAACACAGCAGCACAGCUACAUGGUGCCACGUAGUGAUUUGGUGCCAUAAAUAAAAUCCUGCAGUGUGUAGUUUUCCGUGUCGUACUAGUUCUAGUGCAGGAAGUAAAGCUCCUACUGUUUGGGGCUGAAGAAGCUCCAGGAAAAAAUAUGGCCAAGAAGAAAAAAUUGCAACCCCCGACGGAGAUGCCGGCAUCCAGCAACCACCAUUUCCAGUCGAACAACCAUCAUGGCGGGAAGAACGUACCACACAAAACUCGUGACUCGGACUGCUGCAGCAUCAAUUUCGUGAAAUACGUGCUUCAUAUAUUCAAUAUCAUUUUCUUCAUGUCUGGCCUAGUGAUAAUAGGCGUCACCGUUUGGACCGUAUUAUGGAAGCACCAGUACAUAUCGCUUCUGUCGACGACAAAUUACGCCAUCGGAACGUAUUCCUUGCUGGCGGCUGGUCUCUUCGCUGUACUAGGUGGUAUCCUAGGAUGCUGCGGUGUAUGGCGAGAGCAUCGAGCCAUGCUGCUUGGGUACACCUUCAUUCUACUAUUUGUCUUUCUACUGGAGGCCAUUGUCGGCGGUCUAGCUUACCUGUACGAAACGCAGAUCGAAAUUGAGCUGCAGACCAGCCUGAACAGCACUUUUAUGGAACAGUACGGAGUCAACGAGCGACAAACCGAUGCCAUCGACCGAAUGCAACAAGAGUUUGGUUGCUGUGGGGCUGUUCGGUUUGAGGAUUGGCGCUACAGUGUGUGGUUGCGGUCUCGCCGAAAGGAUCUCAUCCGGCCAACCGAAGGUCGCCGAGUGCCGGACUCGUGCUGCAUUAGCAUGACACCAAAGUGUGGUCUCAGUGAUAGCCCCAGUAAUAUUCCCUACACGGGGUGCAUCUACAAAAUGACCGACGAUUUGAGGCAUCAUCUGAUCCUUUUAGGUGCUAUUGGGUUGGGAAUAUGUGUCAUUCAAGUAUUCGGUAUGAUCCUAUCCUGCUGUCUGUACAUCAAGCUGAAGGAUGUGCUCGAUUGACAAAAACCAGCGGAUCCGAUAGUAGAGCUAAUGGAUCCGCUGCCAGAUAAUAUCAGUCUUAUCUACGGAUACGACGAUCAGACGAUUUAGGAGUUGACGGCGGGUUACAGCGCAACCGUAGAACCACAUAGUACACGCAUUUAGCAACAAUUGCGAUUCAGCAAUAGAUUUCAUUAAACUGAGAAUUGUUUAUGUGAAAUGUAAAUAACCAAUCUCUGUAAAUUACGAUGCUUCCUAGACUAGCUGUUAUUUCAUACACAGAUUUAUCGGUUUGUUAACCAUAUGAUCUAUAUUUAUUUUAAAAAAAGAAGUACAAUACGCGGUGUUUUCGAAUGCUAUCAGAACAAAGUAAAAUUAAAGUAAAAAAAAUCAGGAACCAUAACUACCAUAACACAAUCAAAAGUUCCGCAAUUUGUAAAUAUAAUAAUAAAAUGUGUUGAAUAAUAUU